ACUAGAUACAGAAAUUCUGAAAACGUUUUUUUAAGAGGAGCACUAAAAAUUAAGAAUAUUUUGAUUCCACAAUGAAUACGUUUGAAAACACCUUUAUUCGGGGACCUUCGCCGUCUUAUUCCGACGAUGCCAACUCGGAGAAUGCCCUAUCUGUGACUCUGCCCAUUGGGGCAACCGUUCCGGAUUUGGACUUCUGUCGAGAUGACUCCAAGACGGACACCGCCGACUACUUUGAUGAGAAGUACAACAGCGACAGCUGCUCUCGCCUGCAUCCCGGCCACCAGGGACGUAACACCUUUGCCUUCUGGACGAUUGUAGUGAUUCUUCUGGCACUGACCGUGGGCAAUCUAAUCCUGACACUCACCAUUGUGGGCGUUCUGCGCCUAGGAAAGGGUGUCCAGGGCAUGGAAGUGAUUCCCGAGGUCGAUGUGGUCAAGUUCUACGGGUCAACGGAACUGGAGCGCGUGCAGACCAACUCGAAUGGCCAGAUACACGGAUUCACGGAUGUGCCGGUGACCAUUAACAGUGAUGCUGGCGCAGACGGAGAGGGAGGAGGCGUUCAUGUGCGGGUGUUCCGCAAUGUCAACGGUGCCAGCAGCGAACGCGAUCGAAUUGUUCUAAACAAGGAGGGCAUCCUCAUCCAGGCCACGAAUAUGUUUGAGGUGAAGGACCCUGUCGAUCGGCGGCCGCUGUUUACCACCCACCGUCCCCAGUAUAACAUUCCGGGCGGAGUGGAAGCCCUGCAGGCCAAGGUGGUGAGUGCCAGCGGCAUUGCAAGUCCCAUUGACGAGCCCUUGGUGCUGGAGAGUGAUGGUCGCAUGGCCAUAAGGGGCUCGGAGGGCCUCUUUUUUGAUGCAGCCGGCGUGGACAUGCAGGCCGAGCACCACGUAUCCAUCAACUCAACGCAAGGCGCCACCAUUUUGGAGGCUGGUACUGGCAUCUUUCUGGACAUGGAGCGCAUACCCAUCGUCAGCUCCGAAAUGGGGCUGCGCACAGGCAGCGUUCAGUACAAGAUCUGCGUAUGCAUGCCGCACGGAACACUGUUCAGGAUCGCCAUUCCACGGGUGCACAACGGUCCCAAGAUAUCGUGCGCUCACUUCAGCGGCAAGGACGAUCCCUGCGAAGUUAACUAAAGGUUGACUAA